AUGUGUAGAUGUUUGAGACUGAUGAAAGGUUUUAAAGUUCCAACUGUGAGGCAUGCUUUGUGCAUUGUGAUGGCUGGUUUAUAUGAGAAGUUUAGUACGAUGGAUGAUCUCAAGGGUAAGGAAUUACUUCAGGACCUAAAGAUUGGAAGGCCUUUUUGUGUAAUUGCUAUGGUUCAGUGGAUUAAAUGGAAGCCUCCUCUUGUGAAUAUGAUGAACCUUAAUGUGGAUGGUGCUUCUAAAGGGGGCAAUGGUGUAUUUAGAAAAGGAAUGGUUCUUAGUAAUUCUAAGGGGCAAAGCAUUAUGGAGUAG